UCUUGAAUAGUUUAUAUGCGAAUAUAAAUAUCAUUUGUUACGCAGUUUGAGUUUCUAUAAUACAUUUGAACAUAUUCGUAGUAACAACAUCAACUUAAUGAGGCGGGCCAACCUAGACCUUCAUAAAAACUGAAAGUGAAUUAAAAACCACUGCCAAGUGGAAGUAUUGAUCAGCCGCUAUAUAAACUGCAGAAACAUCCUAAAUUGUAUCAGUUUCUGACCAACUAAAGCAAAAUCAACUACAAUGGCAUCAAAAUUCAUCAUCUUCGCCGCUGCUUUGGCUUACGCCAACGCCGGAUUUAUUGGAUCACCAGCAAUUGCCACAUACUCUACUGCACCAGUAGUGUCAGCCUACUCUUCCCCAGUGGUAUCAGCCUAUGCUGCACCCCUGUCAAAAUCAGUCGUCAGCUCUUACACCAACCACGGAUCACCAGUUGUAUCAAGCUACGCUGCACAUGCUCCAGUUGUCUCCGCCUACUCGGCACCUCUCAUCACCAAAUCUGUAGCUCCAGUUUUAUCUUCAUACUCAUCACCAGUUGUAUCAACUUACUCCGCCCCAGUUGUGGCUAAGUCUUUGGCUCCAGUUGUAUCUGCUUACUCUUCCCCAGUUGUGUCAGCUUAUUCUUCUCCAGUUGUGUCAUCUUACUCUUCUCCACUCUUGGCCAAAUCUAUCGCUCCAGUAGUAUCCAGUCCACUAGUGUCUGCUUACUCUGCUGCUCCGAUAGUAGCUCAUGCUUCGUACUCUGGACUCAACACUGCUUACCAAUGGUGAAAAAUUACAAAUUGUAAAUAAACAUCUAUUUAUUUGAAUGGAAAUACAGUAUAAAUGAAUCACU